AUGGCCGCGAUCCUUCUGACGGGCUAUAACCCUUGGGGCAACUUGUCUCAGAAUCCCUCCGGAGAGGUCGCCACGGCCCUGAAUGGCAGUAUCGUGGAGCAGCUUGUGGUGCACAGUCUGCGUGUGGACGUGACCGAACUGGGUGUCUUGGAGGCACAGGAUGUGGUGGAGAGAGGCGGCUGGGAUGCCGUCGUCCACCUGGGCUUUGAGGACGAGGCCAAGGGCCUGAAGCUCGAGACCAUGGCGGCGAACGUGAGAGCUUUGCACAAAGGGAAGGUGGCCCCGGAAGGGCCGCAACUGUUGCCAACGACGAGUGACCUUGGGGCGGUAGCGCUGAAUACGCAAAACCCGCAUGAGCUCUGGAGUAGGGACGCCGGGAAUUUCUUUUGCAACGAGAUUUACUACCGUACCCUCUACUCCAUUCGGGAGCAUCGACGUCUACGGUGCCCUGGUGCACUGAUCCCCUCCAUCUUCAUCCAUGUGCCUCCCUUGUAUAGGAUGCCACUGAAGGAGUCUUCUUCUUUCGUGAGGUCUCUGCUCAGUGACAUCAUUAAAGCGUCCGGCUGCCCUGGCAUCCGCCCCCAGCCCGCCAGAGCUGUGGACGGACUGAGGCGUUGGUUGCACAUCUAUGGCUAG